CUGGAAUGGCCGGGAUCCCCAGAGAGAAAUACAAUUUUUGGGGUCCCUACGUUUAGUCCGGUGUCCACCGGGGGAAGGAAGCCUUUAUUAUCUCUUGACUGUCCGCCCCCCCAGGGUUCGAGACUCUCUCUUCGUUACCGUUUACCGUGCAACGCAAUUCGAUCCCCCCAACAAGCCAGCCAUGUUGCAGCCAGCACAGAACCAGUCUUCCAGUGCGCAGCUGCCGUCCGGCGCUACCUCUGUGACACAAACCGACGAGACCAUCAAACGGAUCGAGGCCGGCUCAUCGCGCUCGUCGCUGUCGGCGUCGACGGUGAUGGUGGACGAGAAGAUCGAGGAGACUGCUGGGGCCGAUAACCUGGAGGAGCUGGAAAAGAAGGAUACGCGUGUGUCGAUCCACAGCCCAGCGGCUUUCCCGGACGGUGGACAGCAAGCGUGGCUGUGUACAUUUGGCGCAUUCUGCUGCUUGUUCUGCUCUUUCGGCUGGAUCAACGCAAUCGGAAUAUUUCAAGGCUACUAUCAACAGAAUCAGCUCAAGGAGUAUUCACCAUCAACAGUCUCCUGGAUCAGCAGUUUGGAAACAUUCUGUAUGUUCGGUGGUGGCGCUGUAGUCGGAAAAUUCUACGAUGCCUAUGGCCCUCGUUACAUCCUCCUCCUCGGCACAUUUCUUCACAUAUUCGGCAUCAUGAUGGCCUCAAUCUCCACCGAAUUCUACCAAUUUGCCCUCUCGCAAGGAAUCUGUUCGGCCAUCGGUGCCAGUAUGAUCUUCUACGGGGCCAUGAGCUCCGUGUCGACCUGGUUCUACAAGAAACGUGCCUUUGCCCUCGGUAUCACAGCCUCGGGAUCAUCCCUGGGCGGAGUGAUCUUCCCCAUCAUGGUUCGGCGCCUCAUCGUCUUGGUCGGCUUCGGCUGGUCAAUGAGGAUCACAGCAUUCCUGAUGCUGUUCAUGAUGGUGUUCGCAAACCUUACCGUCCGCUCCCGGCUGCCUCCCAAGGGGAUGACGCCGUGGGUGCUGCAGGAAUUCGUCAGCCCAUUCAAAGAGCCACCAUACUUCUUCAUGGUCGUGGGUGGCUUCCUCUUCUUCUUUGGAAUGUUCCUUCCGUUCAACUACCUCCCGGUCUACGCCCAACGCAACGGGAUGUCAGUGGACCUGUCCAACUACCUCGUCUCAAUCCUCAACGCCGCCUCCAUCUUCGGGCGAAUAAUCCCCGGGUACAUCGGCGACAAAGUUGGGCGCUUCAACAUGAUGGUACUGAUCACGUACGCCUCUGGGAUCCUGGUAUUCGCACUAUGGAUCCCAGGCACGGGGAACACGCCCACCAUAAUCUUUGCCGCGCUAUACGGCUUCACCACGGGCGCGUUCGUCUCGCUCAUACCCGCGCUCACCGCGCAAAUCUCGGAUAUCCGCCAGAUCGGCGUCCGCAACGGUGCAAUGUUUGCUGUCGUCUCCAUCGCCGCCCUCACUGGAAACCCCAUCGGCGGCGCCCUGGUUAGUAAGUACAACGGCGGUUACAUGGGCCUCCAGAUCUUUGCUGGCAGCACCAUCAUGGCCGGGAGCACGGCGUUUUUGGCCGCUAGGUGGGCGCUUAGUGGCGGGAAGCUUAAGGUGAAGGUCUGAGCUGUAUGUAGAGUAGGAAGUAUGUAUGCACGAAGGGGCGGCAACGAGUUGAUGUUAUGUAAUUUUUGGAUUUUAUGUUUGGGGCGUUUAGGUCAUACGGACGUUAUAGUAGCGUGUGUGUGCUAUGUAAUUCAUGAUAGUAAUGACAUGGAGACUGGAGGAUUGCGAAUUUGCGAAUUUGCGGAUCUGUC